CUCAGGCGCGCCGAGGACAGUCCUUGUGGGGUCCUCGUGGCCGGCCAAGAUGGCUGCCCCCGCACUGAAGGCUCUGCUAGGCUGGUCAGGCUUGGCGCCGGGCUUGCUGCGUACUGUCAGUCCGCUUCUAGGGCAAACCCAGGUGAGGUGGAGCCGCUAUGGUGCUGAAUUCAGAGAUCCCCUAAUUGACAAGGAACAUUACCGCAAGUCUGUGGCAGAGCUCACCGAGGAGGAGAAAUAUGACCAGGAGCUCAAGAAAACUCAGCUCAUUAAAGCUGCCCCAGCGACGAAAACAAGCUCCGUGUUUGCAGACCCGGUGAUCAGUAAAUUCACGAACAUGAUGAUGAAAGGAGGAAACAAAGUACUGGCCAGAUCUCUCAUGAACCAGACUCUGGAAUCUGUGAAAAGGAAGCAGUUUAAGAAGUACCAUGCUGCUUCUGGAGAGGAACAGGCAACCAUUGAAUGCAACCCCUAUACCAUCUUCCACCAAGCACUGAAAAACUGUGAGCCUGUAAUUGGGCUGGUACCCAUCCUCAGGGGUGGCCAUUUCUACCAGGUCCCUGUGCCCCUAGCUGAUCGACGUCGCCGCUUCUUAGCCAUGAAGUGGAUGAUCACUGAAUGCCGAAAGAAUAAGCAUCGGCGGACAUUGAUGCCAGAGAAGCUGUCACAUGAGCUGUUGCAGGCCUUUCACAACCAAGGCCCCGUGAUCAAGAGGAAGCACGAUAUGCACAAGAUGGCUGAGGCCAACCGAGCCCUGGCCCACUACCGUUGGUGGUAGAGGGGGAGGAAAGGUUCCCAUCAGAGCCCCAGGGCUUCUGCCAUUUAAAAACAAACCUUAUGAGCCACUGUUCUUGAAAAAUACCUGUGGGUUAAGGAUAUAGUUCCUUUUGAGAAGAAUGGAGCAGCAUGUUUGUUGCCUAUCAAUCCUCUUCCUUUGGGGUAGAAUAGCUCUCCCUGUCCCAUCUCUUUGUAAAGAGAACAUGUCAACGUAUUGAUUUUCUCCAAGAAAUUCAGGGCCCAGGCUUCUCUCACCUCAGAGUGGGCCUUCGGAUACUAUGAAAGGAAGAAAUUUUUGUAUCAGAAAUGAUUAUUAGAAAAUCUUUAAUCUGAACUAGUGUAACACAUUAUGUAAGAACUACCAUUCAUUAAAACUGGCUGGAGGAUA